GUUUACGAAACCAUCCGCUACUCCGACUGCCGAAAAACUGCAGCCAAAUCCUUCCACUUUCGAAUUUGGUUUCCCUCACAACGAAACUAAGAUGUCACUCCUCCACCCUUCUGCGCCAAUUCCCUCCUUUCCCGCCACUUCGACUCUCAGCUUCCAUCCAAAAUCCAUAACACGCGCCACCACACGCCUCGCUUGUUUCCAGAAUAGCCUCAACUACAAGAGGAGGCCUCCGAUUCUGCUGCGCCGCCUUCUCCAAAUUGGUGUGACUUUCGGGAAAUGGUUCGGUGAUCGCUAUGUCGAUACUGUCAUGGAUCGCACCGACCAGAUGUUCGAGAUUAGAGCUGCGGAGCUUUGGAAAAUAUUGGUAGAACUUGGUCCGGCAUACAUUAAAAUUGCUCAAGCUGUUUCCUCUCGACCUGAUUUGAUACCACCAUCAUACUUGGAUGAGCUUUCGUUGUUGCAAGACCGAAUAACUCCAUUUUCAACUGAAGUUGCUUUGAAUACCAUCGAACAAGAGCUUGGAUUACCAAUAGAUGAGCUUUUCUCAGAGAUUUCACCAGAACCAAUUGCAGCAGCAUCCCUUGGUCAGGUCUAUCAAGCCAGGCUCCGCUGCAGUGGUCAAGUUAUUGCUGUCAACUAAAGGGGAUCAAAUCAUAAUAUGAUUGAUCCUAAUAUAAAAGGAAGAAAGAAAAGGAAUAUCAUGCCAUUAUGAAGAUUUAUCAAAUCAUGAGAAAUCAAUUUAUCAAUUGAUU